AUGGCCAAGUACGCUGCCGUCCUUGGCGCCCUCGUCGCCGUCCAGGGCGCCGCCGCUCUGCAGACCCGCGUCGUCCCCGAGCGCCAGUUCCCCCCUCCCGAUGCCUGCCACCCCAUGGGCACCAUCACCUUCGACACCACCUAUCCCCCGUGCCUGUCGCAGGGCGAAAUCGAGGGAAAGUGCACGCCUGCUACAAACGACAAGGCCGGCUGGGAGUCCCAGCGGGACUGCCUAUGUAAGGGCAGCUUCUUCGAGGACGCCAUCGGCUGCGGCGCCUGCAAGCAGUGCAAUUCUCUCCAGGGCCACAAUGAGACUGCCCACUGGGACAAGAUCUUCAACGACAUCAAGGCCAACUUCUGCCAACGGGCCACCCCCACCAGCAACUUUGGCAGCUACUGGACCUCUGCCCUGGAUGCCCACGGCACUCCUGUGCCCAACCCCGGCGACAAGCGUGACCGCUGCGUCUCUGUUGGCGACACCGUCGUCGAGAACUACUACAAGGCCACCAAGUCCCAGGGCCCUGGCCUGGUUGCUCCCACUGCCACCUCCGCCGAGGCCAAGGCCACCGACACCCCGGCCUCGGCCGUUGUUCCCAGCGGAACCGAGAUCAAGCUGCAUGCCGCCGCCUCGGUCCGCUAUAGCGUUGCCAUGAUCACCGGUGCCCCGGCUGUUCCCAACGGCCCCAAGUUCCCUCUCAACGCCACCAGCUCCGUCAACAUCGACGUCAAGGCCGAGGUCCACUUCGCCAUCGCUGCUCUGCCCUGCCAGGCCGUCUAUGUCGGCGGCUUUGUCCAGCCCUCUUGCGGCGCCUUCGAGCUUGUUCCCAACUCCGAGGCCAUGGUCUCCUCCAAGAUUGUCCAGCAGGGCGCCGUCGACUUUGGUGCCUGCGUCUGCGCCGUCGAGUACCUUGCCCCCAAGAAGCUGCGCCCCGUCGCCGGCUCCGUCUCUGUCGCUCCCUCUGCUUCCACCUCCGUCACCGUCUACUCCUCCGUCGUUGUCAACGUCUUCAGCCCCCAGGAGUGCACUGGCUCCUGCUACGUCCCGGCCCCCGCCACCAAGGACGACAAGAAGCCCACUCCCUCUCAGCACAAGAAGCCCUGCACCACUGGUGUCCCCAGCAAGGGUGGCAAGCCUGAGGACAAGAGCAGCCCUUCUGGAAACUCCCCGUCCAAGGGUGGCGACAGCCCCUCUGGCAGCUCUCCGUCCAAGGGUGGCGACAGCCCCUCUGGCAGCUCUCCGUCCAAGGGUGGCGACAGCCCCUCUGGCAGCUCCCCGUCCAAGGGUGGCGACAGCCCCUCUGGCAGCUCCCCGUCCAAGGGUGGCGACAGCCCCUCUGGCAGCUCCCCGUCCAAGGGUGGCGACAGCCCCGCUGCCGGCUGCGUCGAGAACUGCACUCCUGCCGCCCCCGGCACCAGCCCCAGCAACGGCGGCGCCAAGCCCGCUCCUCCGGCCCCUGCUGGCACUGGCGCUCCCGUCCGCCCUGCGGCCGGCACCUUGCCCGUCACCGCCGGCGCCGGCUCCACUCGCGUCUCUGCCGCCGUCCUGGCCAUUGCCUUUGCCGUCUAUGCCCUGUAG